GAGGAUGGAUGAGCAGUGUGCCUCAUUGGUCUGUGUCUGGCAUCACGUCUCAUCCAUGGACAUCACCAUACAGCACCCCUGGUUCAAGCGUGCUUUGGGGGCCUUCUACCCCAAUCGUCUCUUGGAUCAGAUCUUCGGAGAAGGGAUGUUUGAUUAUGACCUGUAUCCUUUAUUCUCCUCCACCAUCAGCCCCUACUAUAGACAAAGCCUUUUUCGGGGCUACGUGGAUUCUGGUGUCUCUGAGGUACGAUCAGACCGUGAGCGUUUUGUCAUCAACCUGGACGUGAAGCAUUUUUCACCUGAGGACCUAAGUGUGAAAGUUUUGGAUGACUUUGUGGAGAUUGAUGGAAAACACAACGAGAGACAGGAUGAUCAUGGAUACAUUUCCCGAGAAUUUCAUCGCCGUUAUCGCCUCCCAUCAAAUCUGGACCAGUCCUCAGUCAGCUGCUCUCUCUCUGCCGAUGGGAUUUUGACCUUCUCAGGCCCCAAACUGCUGUCCAGUCUGGACUCAAGCCACAGUGAGAGACCCAUCCCUGUAACCCGAGAUGAGAAGCCUACUUCUGCUCCCUCCUCCUAAACUUCUGGCACCUUAACUUCCUGUCAGUAUCAAUUGUCCUCUCCUCAUGCCCCAUCCUAGUUUCCACCCCAGGCUUCUGCUCUCUUCUGAACAGACUGCAGUGCCAAAUAUGCAAUAAAGAUAUCAUCAAAUCA